AUGUUCGCUUCCCUCACUCGAGCCAAAGGGCUUCGGCCAUUACAUAGAGUUUCAAAGUCAAGAUACAUCUCUCAGGAGGUUAAGGUGCAACGCAACGCCAUGCUUCGCCAAGUCUAUGCCCCAUUCGCAGACCUCGUCGAAGGCUCUCCAGAGUAUGUACGACUUUCUGAAUCUGGCAAGGUUUGGGAGAACUACUUCCGCCCAGGAGACAGAACGCAUCUUGGCUAUGAUGCUAUCCAAAAGGACCAUGCUGAUAUGCUUGCCGAGAUCGACAAGUUCAAGAGGCUUUUGAAGCCUCGCAUCGGACAGCUCGCCAAGACCUUAGUUGCUGAGUAUGCUCAUCAGUCUGUGGCGAUCGAAAACAACCCUCUCGCCCUCGGCGAUGCAUUUUCGAUCUUCGACACAUUGUCUGACACGCUUUUCAAAAAGGUCGAUCUCGCAGCCCUGGAUGCCGCCGACCUGUCUCAACUCGACCUUCCCAUCAUUGCUAGCGGCCUGGGACCCGAUGAAUCUGCCGUGGUUGAGCUCAAAAACCACAUCGUUGCCUCCCAAUGGAUUGCAGAGAAGGCUGUACUUCAUCCUCAUACGCCUGGCCUCGAUGAAAGGCAGAUGAGAGAACUCGCAGCCAUGACAAUUAAAGGCACAGCAUCGGAGGCAGUCUAUGCGGGCUCCUGGGGCGGACGUGUUCCCCUUGGAGGGUACCGCAAAACGCCUAUCGCCAUCAGAGGUAACCCUCUGGUCAUUUUCCCGUACCAUAUCGAAGUUCCCGCUUGCAUCGAGCGUUUCUUUGAGUGGCGUAACGCAAUGCAUACCGAUGAGAAUGUACAUCCGCUCAUUCUCGCUUGUCACAUGAUGGUCUACCUCGUCCGCAUUCACCCUUUCCCCGACGGCAAUGGUCGAGUCAGUCGCAUGCUCAUGCAUGACUACAUGGUUCGUCAGGGAUACUUGCCUGUCAUCAUGCAGAACUUUGACCGCGAUGAAUACAUUCGCGCAAUCGACCAUGCUGCAAAGGGCGAGCCUGAAGAGCUGGUGAUCACCAUGCUCACAACACAACUGGAUGAGAUGCAAACAUUUUACUGGCGACAGAUGGAGGGGAAUGCUGCGGUUGUCAGGUAA